AUGGAGUCAGCUCAAUUCAUUGUUACUUCAGCAUCGCUUGUCGGUGCGGCCCUUAUUAUUACCUUUCAAUCAUUCUUUCGAAUGUUAAUAAUCGAUACAGUUGAUGAUACAAUAAAAGAUAAGAUGUGGUUAUUUUGUCUUAUGAACUUAACCGCCCUUAUUGCCGAAUUUUCUUCGUUUAUGAUGAUAGUGGCAUCUUCAUAUUGUUCAGAUCCAGACAAUUUUAGUUCCGAAUGUUCAAAUUGGUUUUAUAUAGCAAGGCCUACUUGUAAAAGCUUUUGUUUAGAUAAUUAUUAUGUAACAUCGUGUUAUUUAGCAGAUAGCAUUAGGUCAGCCUUUUAUAUAAUAUCCAAAACAGCUUUAUUACAUUUAGCAUUUGAAAGAUGUAAAUCCGUUUAUCAUCUGUAUAAAACAAAAGAAUUUAAAUUCUUUCACUUAAUAAUUAGUGGCUUACGCAUUUCAGAGUUAAUUCUUUUAGUAGUCAUCAACAUGUUCGAUUUUGUAAAAUGCAAAGGUGAAUAUUGCAAUCCUGAUCACACAGAGUGUCUAUUUGUUCCUGUUGUGACAAAUAUACGAGAGAUAAUUGUGCACUUUUUUCGACUUUAUUACAUUAUAUCAGAGUCUAUAUUUUAUUAUUACCUUUUUUCUAUAAUUUUGGAAACCCCUAGUAAGGAGGUAAUUCCUAAUAAAUAUAUGAAAAAGAAAAAAGAAGUUAUUUAUGAGAGAAAAAGGAGAGAAGUUAUUUAUCAGAUAUUAUUAUUCGCCUUCGACAUAAUACAACUUGCAGCAAUUGGUAUAUACCGAAUAUUACGCCUUUAUUAUAAAACCAACAACUAUUUAGAUUUAAAACCAAAUAUCUAUGCUAAUAUUUUAAGUACUGCGAUUACUAUUUCUGUAAUGACUAGAUUUGGGCUUAAUCUACCUCAAUUAGUAGUGAGUGAUGAGUAA